CAGCACCGCCCGCCUCGGCGCCGCGCCGGCCCCCGCGCCGCCCGCGCGCCCGCCCUCCGCCCCGGGUCCGGCCGCCCCUUCCCGCCGCCCGCGCUCGCCAUGCCCAGCAAGACCAAGUACAACCUUGUGGACGACGGGCACGACCUGCGGAUCCCCCUGCACAACGAGGACGCCUUCCAGCACGGCAUCUGCUUCGAGGCCAAGUACGUCGGGAGCCUGGACGUGCCGCGGCCCAACAGCAGAGUGGAGAUCGUGGCUGCCAUGCGCCGGAUCCGGUACGAGUUCAAAGCCAAGAACAUCAAGAAGAAGAAGGUGAGCAUCAUGGUCUCGGUGGACGGGGUGAAAGUGAUCCUGAAGAAGAAGAAAAAGCUCCUUCCGUUGCAGAAGAAGGAGUGGACGUGGGACGAGAGCAAGAUGCUGGUGAUGCAGGACCCCAUCUACAGGAUCUUCUACGUCUCCCACGACUCGCAGGACCUGAAGAUCUUCAGCUACAUCGCCCGGGACGGGGCCAGCAACGUCUUCAGGUGCAACGUCUUCAAGUCCAAGAAGAAGAGCCAGGCGAUGCGCAUCGUGCGGACGGUGGGCCAGGCCUUCGAGGUGUGCCACAAGCUGAGCCUGCAGCACACGCAGCAGAGCGCGGACGGCCAGGAGGACGGGCCGGGCGAGCGGAGCAGCCGAGGCUCAGGGGACACAGGCUGCCAGCUCCCAGGGGCCGAGAGGGCCACCCCCACCACCGCAGAGGAGACCGACAUCGACGCCGUGGAGGCGCUGCUGCCGGGGGCUGACGGCCUGGACUUCAGCCGAGGGGUGACGGACCUGGACGCUGUGGGGAAGGAAGGCAGCUCCCAGGCAGACGCCAAGGUGCCGCCCCCGGAGCCCGGGCCCGCAGCCUCGCCCAGGAUGCUGCUGCCCCCGGCCUCCGCACCGGACCCGGACCCCCAGACGCCGCUGUCCUCGCGCCACCAGCUGCAGCUCCUGCAGCAGCUCCUGCAGCACCAGCAGCAGCAGACCCAAGUGGCCGUGGCCCAGGUGCACCUGCUGAAGGACCAGCUGGCGGCGGAGGCGGCGGCGCGGCUGGAGGCGCAGGCCCGCGUGCACCAGCUGCUGCUGCAGAACAGGGACGCGCUGCAGCACGUGUCACUGCUGGUCCGGCAGGUGCAGGAGCUGGAGCUGAAGCUGUCGGGACAGAACGCCAUGGGAUCCCAGGACAGCCUGCUGGAGAUCACCUUCCGCUCCGGGGCCCUGCCGGUGCUCUGCGACCCCACGACCCCCAAGCCCGAGGACCUGCCCUCACCGCCCCUGGGCGGCGGCCUGGCCGACCUGGCCCCGCCGGCCGGCAGCCCGCUAGUGGACCACAGCGUGUUCCAGAACCUGAACGCGUCCCUCACGCCGGAGCUGCAGCCCGGCCGCCCUGGGCCCCGCUCGUCCCGGCCAGCGGCCCCGUUCCCCGGGUCUGCGGGGCCCGGCGGGCCGGGUCUCCGGGCGGGCGGCGGCCAGCACCUGAGGAGCCUGGGCAGAGCCGUGGGCGCCAGGGUGGGCGACCUGCUGCGCCGGCGGGAGCCCCGGGGCCCGGGCAGUGCGGGCGCCACGGAGGUCAACCGGACGGCGGAGGUCAGCUGGACGGCGGAGGCCCGGCUGGCGGGCGCGGCCGACGAGGAGGACGACGGGUCCGCCGGGCCGGACGCCUUCCCGCGGCUGGAGCCCCCGCCCCCCGCCGGCCGGAAGCGGACCCCCCGGGCCCUGAAGACCACGCAGGACAUGCUGAUCUCCUCCCAGCCCGUCCUGAGCAGCCUGGAGUGCGGGGCGGAGCCGCCCCUGUCCCCGGGGCAGCCCCAGGACCCUCCUCCCAGCGCCCAGCCUGCCCCAGCGGACGCCGCCCAGCCGGAGGCCCCCGGGGAAGCCGCUGUGCCCAACGGCGAGGCGCCCCUGUCGGUGCCCGACCUGAUCCACCAGGACGGCCAGGACGAGGCCAAGCUGAGGGCCGGCGAGUGCAGCGGAGCCCCGCCCCCGGGCCCCAGCGAGAGCAACGGCCUCCCACCCGGCCCGAGUGCCCUGGGCCUGGCCGAGCGACAGGACAGCAACACCCGUGCCGGGGCGCGGACCCGCAGCCUGGACUCAGAGGGGCCGCACCCCGACCUGCUCUCCUUCGAGUAGAGCCCCGAUCUGCCCUCUGACCCCCCACCCCCAACCCCCUCCGGCCUCAGGGAUGCGCUGGGCCAGGGGUCAGGCAGGGCCAGGAAUGACGGGGUUGGCUUGAGGAGGGGCCGGGCCCGGAGAGCCGGCCCGGACCUCAGCCUGCCCCCUGAGCCCCGAGGCUGCUCGCGGGCCAGGCCCUCGCCGCGUCCCCCGGAGCGGCCCCGGGGGGUGCCAUCAGCUCCAGCUCCAGCUCCCCGGUGUGCGCCACCUGCAGCAGCACCCACGCUGACCAGGUCUGGGGGGCCCGGGAGCUUGGCAUUCGGGGCCUGGUCCCCAGAGAGCCCAGGGCAGACCAGACGCGGGGCCAGGCCACUGUCCAGGGCUCCCUGCCGCCCGAGGCGGUGAGUCCCGGGUCCGAGCAGGCGCGUGUGGCCCGGACGGACAGAGGUGGGGGCGCACGCGGUCUCAGGGAGGCGCCGCCUGGGCUUGGCGGCCGGGGUCGGCCCUGGCGCUGAAGUGGCCUUGUGGCCCCGGCUCUCCCCGGGGGCCCCCGCCUGCCUUUCUGGUCCCGGAGCCACAGGUCCCCACUCCUGCCUCUGUGAGCAGCUGAGGGGCUGGCGUGCCCCCCCCCCCCGUGACUGCCCUGCUCCUGUCCUGUGCCCCCAGGGGUCCCAUCCUGCCACCCUCCUGUGGCCAGAAGACCCCGUCGGGGGCGGCCCCUUUGCAGCACGAAGAGGACGUCCCUGCCCUUGAGCAGGUGGCCUGUCCGGGGCUUGUCCCCUGCGGCCCCUCUCGGCCCGGCCUCUCGUCCGAGCGCCCGUGACCCUGCUGAGGGCGGGGCUCGGGGCUGCCCUGCCCCAGGCCCUGUCCAUGGCCCACGUCCACCCCCAUCUGACCGCCCUGCGGGCGGCGCGGCCACAGCCCUGAGGGCGGCUGGCGGGGGGGCCAGUGGGGGCUCUGUGUCCCCGAGGGCGAGUCGGGGCGCUGCCUCUUCUCCCCGCCCCCGCUCCCAGACCUGAGGGUGGGGGUCAGGGUCCGAGUCCCGUAGGGGGUGAAGUCGGUCAGGCCUGUCACCGUUGUCGGCUGCGGAAGGACAGGCGUCGCGCCCUCGGGGCAGGAAGAGGACAGCAGCGCUGUCCGGGGAGUUUUCUAGAGAUUUUGUAUUUAUGUUUUCAGUAGUUUCCGGAUAGGAGACGGCACAAUAAACGACCUCUCUGGUCUCGCUGGCCUGGUCUUUCUCCUGGCGGGUGGGGCGGCCAGCUGUCCGGACCCGGCGUGUCUCUG